UGUAUUCAUGUUCCCGUGCGCGCGGGCAGCUCGCCGUCAUGUUCGGGUCCGUCCGGACUUCACCGGGACAGAUGAGUCCGUGACACGGCGGCGCUGACGGGAGACAGCCGAGCACCGAGCCCCGUCUGCGGCUGCGAGCAGCGGGACCGUCCGCGCUGCUCUGGAGGGUCGGAGCGGCGGCUAACCACCCCGCUGCCCCCCGCUACGUGCUGCCAUUCACCCGGGAAUGGACGCUCCAGAUACGACUUGAAGACGUGAAGGACAAAGUGAAAGCCGAGGGUUCUCCUGAAUCUCUAAACACAGCUGUUCUCCUCGCCGUGACGCUGGUCCUUCCCUGAGCACCCUCGCCUCACCCUCGCUUGCUGACAUGGAUUGGGCCACGCCGGCUGCCAAACUGAACCCCUACACCCGAGCCCGCAUGACGGAGGCGUGGCAGCAGCACGCAGUCGCUCCGCCUCAAGUCGUCCACACCAUCCCGCCGGGAGCAGAGAACGCGUUGGGCUGCGCCGUGUACGGCAUCGUGCUGCAGCCGGACGCAACGUCUUUACAGCAGCACGGACAGCACGGCCAGCACGGCCAACAGCACGGCGGGAGUCAGCAGCACGGAGGCGGGCACGGUCAACAGCAGCCGCACCCUGCUCAGGGCCAGCAGACGUCCUUACAGGUGGGGGCGGAGGGAGGACACAAGUGUGGGGCGUGUGGACAUGAUAUCUCUCACCUGGCUAACCCGCACGAGCACCAGUGCAUGGUGAGUCAGGACAGGUCGUUCCAGUGCACCCAGUGCAUGAAGAUCUUUCACCAGGCCACGGACUUGCUCGAGCACCAGUGUGUUCAGGUGGAGCAGAAGCCGUUUGUGUGCGGGGUGUGUAAGAUGGGCUUCUCGCUACUCACCUCUUUAGCCCAGCACCACACAUCCCACAACAGCACCAACCCAAUGAAGUGUUCGAUAUGCGAGAAGACGUACCGUCCCGGUUCUUCUGGCAGCAUCACGCCCAACUCAAACAAUCCCCAGCAGCCCAGCAGCGACGGGGCGUCAGCCAGCAGCAGCUCGUCCAUCCUCCCCUUCCCGUCGGCGCGAGACCGGCCGUACAAGUGCUCCGUUUGCCAGAAGGGCUUCAAACACCUGUCGGAGCUCACGCGGCAUGAGCGGGUGCACACGGGCGAGAAGCCCUUCAAAUGUGACACGUGCGACAAGGCCUUCAGCCAGUCGUCGCACCUCCAGCACCACCAGCGAACACACAGCAGCGAGCGCCCGUUCAAGUGCGCCGUCUGCGAGAAGAGCUUCAAGCACCGCUCCCACCUCGUGCGCCACAUGUACGUGCACUCCGGCGAGCACUUGUUCAAAUGCAACCUGUGCGAGCUGCACUUCAAAGAGUCGUCGGAGCUGCUCCACCACCCCUGCCACCCGCAGGGUUCCCGCCCGUUUCGCUGCGCCACGUGUGGGAAGGGGUUCAAGCGGCCGUCCGACCUCCGCCAACACGAGCGCACGCACUCGGAGGAGCGACCCUUCCACUGCGACGAAUGUCAGAUGAGCUUCAAGCAGCAGUACGCACUGAUUCGACACCGGCGCACGCACAAAGACCCCACCGACCGGCCGUUCAAGUGCAACCUGUGCGACAAGGGCUUCAUGCAGCCCUCACACCUCCUCUACCACCAGCACGUCCACGGCAUGGACAACCUGUUCAAGUGCGCCUCGUGCCAGAAGGAGUUCAGCCAGUCGGGCGAGCUGCUCAGACACAAGUGCGGCGAGCCGUCCAACACCUCGCCCGACAAGCCGUACAAGUGCGACGUCUGCGGCAAGGGCUACAAGAAGAGCUCGACGCUACAGCGUCACCAAAACUCUCACUGCCAAGAGAAGCCUCUCAAGUGCUCGCUGUGUGACCGCCGCUUCCACUCCUCGUCGGAAUUCGUCCAGCACCGCUGCGACCCGUCGCGGGAAAAGCCGCUGAAGUGCCCCGACUGCGAGAAACGCUUCAAGUACUCGUCGGACCUGAACCGACACCGGCGCGUGCACACGGGCGAGAAGCCGUACAAAUGCGACCACUGCAACAAGGGCUUCAAACAGCGUGAGCACCUGACCAAACACUCCAGCACGCACUCCAGAGAGGGCCAGUUCAAGUGCGUGUGGUGUGGGGAGCGCUUCAGUGACUUGGGCUCUUUGCAGGAUCACACAGUGCAGCACACGGCGGACGGUGGAGGUUACCCCGUGCCGCAGUGCUUAUAAACCCUCUGAGACUUGUUUCCUCUGAACUCUUCUCGUCUGUUAACUCAACCUAACUGUCGACACAUCUACAGGAAGUCCAGGCUGUUAUUAACGCGUUCAUUCCCACCAGGUUUUUGUUGCUUUACUAACCUGCCCAAAGCCCGUCAGUACUCUGAUCCGAUCAUUCCAUGAAAUCCAGAGGAGGCCUUUUAAUCUCCCUUUUUGUUCUACCUCUUUAUUCCUUUUAUUCUCAGACAGUGAAGAGGCCACGACCACUGAACCACCAUCGUUUAUAUCGAGACAGAAACAGGCACCAGAACACGGGUCCAUCUAGCAAAUAUUUAGAUUUCUUUAUAAUUUCCUCUUCACGUCUUACGACUCAAUUCCACUAGGCUCCUGAUGUUUUUAAUCAACGUUUUAAACCCACCAGAAGCGCUACGGCCCGUUUUUAUUUUUGGAGCUCGAGCUGACAGGAAGUCACUCCGAAACGGCAUAGAAAACCUGGUUUUCAAAACAAAACACCCAAAUUCAGAUUGUCAAAAAGGGGAAACACAUUUAGAAGCACAUAGAGCCGCAUUUAGACUGGAUCAGGCCCUGCAGCGGUGUGAAUGUAUUUUUUUUAUUUCUUUGAUUAAACUGACCUUAUCGAGGCCGGCGGUCACUCGCUCUCAUUCACUGUCUCUGUCGCUCUUUCAAACCAUCAGACACAAACCAAACUUUUGGAAAACCAAAAGUUUACCUGCGGUCUGAUCUAAGCAAGUUAAAAACACUUCAGAAACACUUGGUGGUGAUGUGGUUUGAAGUCGCGGUGACGGUGACGGUGACGGAGACGUGCCCGGUGAGGUCCGAUUGGUGUAAAGCAGGGGUCUCCAAACUACGGCCCGCGGGCCACAUCUGGCCCGCCUAAACAAUUGGAGUGGCCCACUUAACGAUCCCAAACAAUCCCUCUA